AUGGAAAAAGAUGCAUGGAAAAUAAUAGCUGCUACAGCGCUAUUCACUGUGGCAAUGACUACAGUCGCAGACUGUGCUUGGACACGUUGGCAAACACAAGGGAAGGCAGUGGCGCAAGUGCAACGGAAUGAUGAAAAAGACGAAGAACAAACAAAGUCCAAAAUAGACAGAUAUCACCAAUAUGAUGAACAGUUCAUUCGCCAAUUUUUAAAGAACAAUAUUGGUUUUCUUGGUGAGGAUACGAUCGAAAAGCUAUCUAACCAAUACGUUGUUGUUGUGGGUGCAGGCGGUGUUGGGUCUUGGGUAGUCAACUCAUUGGUACGUUCGGGAUGUCGAAAGAUCAGAGUCGUGGAUUUUGACCAAGUUUCAUUAAGCUCAUUAAAUAGGCACAGUUGUGCUAUACUAAAUGACGUGGGUACUCCCAAAGUGGAAUGUUUACGAAGACAUAUGCACGAAAUUGCACCAUGGUGUGAAAUUGACCCAAUUAAUGAACUGUGGACCAUCGAAAAUGGCGAAAGAUUGACCCUUGGAAACGGCGCUCCUGAUUUCGUCGUGGACUGUAUUGAUAACAUUGAAACAAAAGUUGACUUACUAGAGUUUGCCUACAACUGCGGCAUUAAAGUGAUUUCCUCCAUGGGUGCUUCUGCCAAGAGUGAUCCUACAAAACUUAACGUGGGCGAUAUAGCGACUACUGAAGAAGACCCUCUUGCGAGGGUAGUAAGAAGGAAACUGAAGAAAAGAGGUAUCCUUUCUGGUAUCCCUGUGGUGUUUAGUGCCGAAAAGCCGGAUCCCAAAAAGGCUAAAUUAUUGCCUUUGCCUGAUGAAGAAUACGAAAGAGGAAAAGUUGACGAGCUCAGCGCUUUGAAGGAUUUCCGUGUAAGAAUUUUACCAGUUCUAGGUACUAUGCCAAGUUUGUUUGGAUUGACCAUAACCACAUGGAUCUUGUCUAAUAUAUCCGAUAAACCUUUGGAACCUAUCGAGGGUAAAAACAGAAUCAAGGUAUACGACGGUAUAUAUCAGUCAUUGACUGGCCAGAUGAGCAGAGUCGGUAGACCAACCCAACGGAUACCAUUAGCUUUGAAGGAUGUUAGCUACCUGGUUGAAGAAGUUUUUAGGGGUAAAUCUCCAAUCAGCGGAAUUUCCACUAGACUAACUCUAUCUAAAUGGGAUCCCUCCAAACCUAUUUCGUUGCAAAAUGUAACCGUUCUAACCAAAGACGAACAAAGAGAACACGAAAACCGUAUUUUAAAAGGCAACGAAAGUUUAAGUGAUGUUUAUGAUGCGGAUGUUCUGGAACUGGUUUCACAAAGGUUUAAAGAAGAAGCUUACUAUUCUCAGUUUAGAUGA